GCAAACCUUCGCCAACGCCAAAGUUGCGUACAACCUCGGUAUCGUCAGCUUUCCACAAUUGUUAAAUUUUAGAAAAUUGCCUUUUUGGCUUGCCAAAUUAGUAAUGUUAACAUGUAGGGAUGAUCUUCCUACGAAACAAAGGUAUUCACUCUCACAUGGGUCCUCUAUCCGGACGCCCGGAUUCCUAGAACAGACCUCCGAUACAACCGUCGGCGACCGAGGUCAAGACGAGAGCGCCGGAGUUUCAAAUUAUCUGUAAAUCAGUAUUAUAAAGCUUACAACAUCAAUUGGCGAUGCUUCUGAACUGGGGCUCGCGAACUCCGCAACAACAUCCCCAAAAGUAAUAUCAACCCCACCAUCAAGCUCGACCUUCACACUUUCCUUCAACCUCCCAAGUUCGCGACCUUCAUCACCGACCUCCUCAAUCUUUUCUUCUAGCUCACAAGAUACCAUGUCGACAUCUAGCUCAAUGCCCGGUUUGGCACGAGACAACACUGCGGAAAUCGCAGAACGAGACUACUUUUCAGAGUACCCUCCACCGGCUACCCUUGAAAAACAUACGUCUCUUGCCGCAGAAUUCAUCAAUUUCCACGCAGCUGCUGGCAGGCGUGUGGUUUUGGUUACAUCAGGAGGAACGACUGUUCCUUUAGAGCGACAGACGGUGCGAUUUAUAGACAAUUUCAGUGCAGGAACGCGCGGUGCUACUUCUGCCGAAUAUUUUCUGGAAGCAGGCUACGCGGUUAUCUUUCUCCAUCGUCAAUUCAGUCUUCAACCAUAUUCCCGUCACUAUAGUCAUGCUACGGAUUGUUUUCUCGAUUUCCUUCACGAAGGCCCUGAUGGAAGCGUGGUUGCAAAUGAUGAAUACCGCGAGAAGAUGUUGAAGGUCCUUAGACAGUAUAAUGCGGCCAAGUCGAAGAAUCUACUUUUGACGCUACCUUUUACGACCAUUACAGAUUACAUGUUCAUACUCCGAGCGAUUGCGCAACUCAUGCGCCCGCUAGGUCCUCGCGGAUUAUUGUAUUUGGCUGCGGCUGUGUCGGAUUUCUUCGUACCCCCAGAACGCAUGGUGGAACACAAAAUACAAUCUACAAAUGCAACGGAUACAAACACACCCGAUAAGGGAAGUGAAGAGAAGGGGAACGGGGAAGACGAGGAAGCUUUUGAUAAUUUUGAUUCCUCUCCAGCAGUACCAAGGAGCAAGCGUCUAAUUGUCGAUUUGGAUCCUGUACCUAAGUUCCUGAAAAAUCUGGUGGAUGGCUGGGCUCCUGAAGGCAUGAUUGUUUCUUUCAAGCUUGAAACUGAUCCCGCAAUUUUGGUUCACAAGGCGAAAUACUCCUUGGACCGCUACCAGCAUCAUUUGGUUAUUGGGAAUUUACUUGCCACCAGGAAAUGGGAAGUUGUUUUCGUAGCACCCGGCAGCAAAGAUCAAUGGAUCAGAGUUCCCAGGAGUAAAAGAAAGAGGACAAUUAGUGGGGUACAAGAUCUAGUAGGUGCUGCCGCGAGAGGAGGGGAGAUUGACGAUGAGCCUCUUGAUCCAAAUGAGCUACCUGAUGGGGAACCUGAGCUUGAGAUUGAAAGUUUGAUCAUUCCUGCCGUGGAAGCAUUACACACAUCUCAUAUCAACGCCCCUAGCAAACGGGAGAGGUAAAAGUUAAAACUUGUUUUGUAAACAGAAGAACAAACACAUCAUCGUCACCUAUAAUGGUAUGACGAUGAGAGGAGAAAUGGUGGUCACGUCAGCUAGAUUUACCAACCUCGCGGUAUUGAUUGAUGUCCCUACCAUACCUAGGUAGGAUAAACGUCUCACAUUGGACAUGGUGAACACCUGAGUCCGCAAGCGAAUUUCUUUUGCUGCUCGUAUGCUAUAAUAGGGGGAAAUUUCAAAUACAAUACUCAUUUAACCAUCUAGAUCUACAUAUAUACUCCCUUUAAUUCGCAAGACGCCUUCAAGCCUUGUAGAAAUAUAAGUGCCAUUGUCACAUUUUCAAUCGAGAUCACA